CAAAGGUACAAAUUGGUAGCCUUUUAUCUGACAGUCUACUGGAUCUCCCAGUACAGACUGAAGCUCACAGAAAACCAGGAUAUUCUCAUUCUUCUGGAUCUCAAAGUAGAAGGGCACUGCCAAGCACGUGAUCCAAAAUCAAAGAAGCCCACUUGAUUCUUGGCAGAGUGAAAUACCCCAACCCCCCCGUCAUUUAAUGGCCUCUUACACACUCGAGGUUUUGAAAUGUGGACUAUUGCUGUUUUCCGCUCCAAGUCAAAAUUCUUCUAUGUCUGACAAAAGAUAUCUGCUAAGUAACAUAACUGCUGUAAUGUAUGACAUUUGUGGGGAAUUUACUUUUUAUAGCAAUUUAAACAUGUGUAUAUCAUUGCUGAAUUUAUUACAGUUUUGUAUGUAUCUUGCUGGGGCUUCCUCUCCCGUUCAAAGGUGACUUGAUGUUAAACGCUUCGCGUUACGCUGUAUGUUUCCUAAGAGAGGUUCAUUGGGUAACAGCCAUUGAAAAUGGAUCUGUAAUAUUACAAUUGCUGCUGCCGUAAGAUAUAAAGUUUGCCUACAGGGUUUACCACAGGUCAAAUCCCUUCUGUGCAAACAUCAAAGCGUAUGAACAGCUCUAUUUUCGCGCAAAGCUGACCAUGGUUAGAAGUAGGGAACUGACAUAAGUAAUAUUUUUUUUGCAGAUCUUGCAUUUAUUUUACGGCGUGUUCCGCUUUCGUCUCCUGCUCGCUUUACGCGUGAUUUCCCGUCUCUUUAUUAAUAUUUUAAUUAAUUUUCCUUGCUGGACAAUUGAAGAGGCGGCCCCGCCCAUAAGCGCCGUCGUCACCACUUCAAAUUGCUAGUGGGCCUGGAGGACGAUCGGUGAGGUAGCGCAGUCGCAUCGCUGGAGGACGGGAAUCGGACGGGAAUCGGACUGGCUCCGGCUUGCGCUUUAGCUCCGAGAUGUGGACCGAAAUGGGGAAGGUGAUGCUGCUGCAUUUAUUUCUUGUGGAGCUACACUCCGCCAAAGGGUCUACAACGGAAUGUGAGACGGGUCAGUUUCAGUGCAAAAACGGAAGAUGUAUACCCACGAUCUGGAGAUGCGAUGAUGAUGACGAUUGCUCGGACAGCAGCGACGAAGAGAACUGUCCAGCAAAAAAUACCUGUGGCCCGUCGGACUUCACUUGCAGCAAUGGCCAAUGCGUGCCUGCUAGGUGGCGCUGUGACGGCGAGCCCGAGUGCUCUGAUGGGUCUGAUGAAGUGGACUCCACGUGCAGUCGACAGACGUGCCCCCCGGAGAAGUUCGACUGCGGUGGCUCCGCCAACCGGUGCGUGUCGCUGUCAUGGCGAUGCGACGGAGAGCGGGACUGCGAGAAUGGGGCUGAUGAGAAGGAGUGUGCCGCAGAAGCUGGGGAGACCAACAGAAAAAUGGCUGUUCUGUUGAGUCCUGAAGACCACGCUGUUGACUUGUUGCUGACUUCCACUAACCAGCUGAAGAGCCAUGAUACCCUGAUUACAACGAAUGCUACAUUUUGGAGACGAGUGGUAACCAUAAACGCCAAAGCCUGUGGCAGUGACGAGUUCCAGUGUGCCGACCGCAAGUGCGUGGCGGGCUCGCUGCGCUGUGACGGCGACGAUGACUGCGGCGACGGCAGUGACGAGGAGGCGUGCGCCGCGCCCACCUGCGGCCCGCACGAAUUCCGCUGCGACAGCUCGGAGUGCGUGCCGCUGCUGUGGAGCUGCGACGGCGACCCUGACUGUGCCGAUCGCUCCGACGAGUCUGCGGAGCGCUGCGGCACGCGGCGUGCAGCUCCUGCCGUCCCCGGGCCCCGCUGCGGCCCCGCCGAGUUCCGGUGUGGCAGUGGCGAGUGUGUGCGCCUGGCCUGGAAAUGCGACGGCGAUGGCGACUGCAAGGACAAGUCUGAUGAAGUGGACUGCCCCCUGCUGACGUGUCGCCCUGACGAGUUCCAGUGCGGCGACGGCUCCUGCAUCCAUGGCACCAAGCAGUGCAACAAGGUGCACGACUGUCCCGACUCCAGCGACGAGGCUGGUUGCAUUAACGCCACCAAGUGCGAAGGGCCCCAGAAGUUCAUGUGCAAGAACGGAGAGUGCAUCGAGGGCAGCCGUGUGUGCGACUCUAACCGGGACUGCAAGGACUGGUCCGACGAGCCGGCCAAGGAGUGCGGUCUGAACGAGUGUGCCAUCAACAAUGGCGGCUGCUCCCACAUCUGCACGGAUCGCCGAAUCGGCUACGAGUGCGGGUGCCCCCCAGGAUACAAGCUUCUGGACAAGAAGACGUGUGGAGAUAUAGAUGAAUGCGCCAACCCCAAUGCCUGCAGCCAGAUCUGCAUCAACUACAAAGGCGACUACAAAUGCGAGUGUUACGAGGGCUACGAGAUGGACCCCGUCACCAAGACCUGCAAGGCGGAGGGCAAGACCCCCUACCUGAUGUUCACCAACCGGCACGAGAUCCGCCGCAUCGACCUAGUGAAGAGGGACUACACGCAGGUGGGGCCCACGCUGAAGAACGUGGUGGCGCUGGACGUCGACGUGUCCACCAACAGGAUGUACUGGUGUGAUCUGUUCCACCGCAAGAUCUACAGCGCGCACAUCAGCAAGGCCAGUGACUCCUUCCAGCAGGUGACCCUGAUUGACUCGGCGCUCUUCUUGCCUGGGGGUCUGGCUCUGGACUGGGUCCACAAGAACCUGUACUGGACUGACUCCGGGGACAAGAGCAUCUCCGUGAUGACGGUGGAUGGCAAGAAGAGAAGGAUCCUGAUCAACACAGAGCUGAGCGAGCCCCGCGCCAUCGCCGUCGACCCCAAACAAGGAUUUAUGUACUGGUCUGACUGGGGAGUGCAGGCUAAAAUAGAGAAGGCGGGCCUGAACGGAGUGGACCGCCAGAUUCUGGUGUCCGAGAUGAUUGAGUGGCCCAACGGCAUCACUUUGGACUUGCCCAACAGACGCUUGUACUGGGUGGACUCCAAACUCCACCUCAUCUCAAGCAUCGACUUCACGGGCACCAACAGGAAGGUGCUGCUGUCCUCGGCAGACCAGCUGAGUCACCCCUUCGCUCUGACCGUGUUUGAGGACAGGCUGUACUGGACCGACCUGCAGAGAGACGCCAUUUUCAGCGCCAACCGUCUGACAGGCAGCGACGUGGUCACGUUGGCCGAACACCUGAACAACCCGCACGACAUCGUGGUGUUCCACGAGCUGCGGCAGCCCAAAGCACCAGACAGCUGUAACAUGGGGGGUGUUCACAAUGGAGGGUGUGAGUACCUGUGUCUGAAAGCCCCCCAAAUUACGGAGCACUCCCCCAAGUACACCUGCGCAUGCCCUGACGGGAAGGAGCUGGGUCCAGACAUGCGGAAAUGUGUGCCAGCUUCACCACCCAUCAAAUCCAAAACGACUCCCGCGGCCCCCAGGCGCGCCCCCACCGUCUCAGCUGGCACAUCCGAGACUUCAUCAGUAGCCCCAGAGACCACAAGGGCGUCCGUGUCCCCGAAGACCUCCACCCGCACGCCUGCCCCCUGGUCCUCCGGCCCGGGCAGCAGGAUGGCCCCCACGGCCCUGCGGCCCUCCCCCGGCAUGCAGCCCGAUGGCGCCCUGGGGGAGAACACCAACAUGUCCCACCACUCUGGGAAUGAGCACUUUCUCCUUGGCAACCAGGUGGUGGCAGCAUUGAGCAUCGUCAUCCCUAUAGUGGUCGCCGGCCUCCUCUGCAGCGGUGGCUACCUGAUCUGGCGCAACUGGCGGCGGAGGAACACGAAGAGCAUGAACUUCGACAACCCCGUGUACCGGAAGAGCGCUGAGGGGGAGGAGGACGAGAUCCACAUCGGCCGGACCGAGUCGCUGGGCCACGUGUACCCAGCCCUUCCAGCAAGCAGCGGAGUCACCGGCGGAAUUUGUCAGCCCUUCAUCUCACUGCCAUUAGGGGGCAGCAGUACGCCUGACCCGGGGACACACUGGUACGCGGGACAGCCAGCGCUCUCUGGCACCAAGUGAGACUUCGGCCAGGAAGGGACAGCUGCUCUGGCACAUGCACAGCGACCCUGUCGCCUAGGCGAUGCGGGUCACGUCCAGUCCAGCCUGUGCCCGGUGACUUGCAGAAACUUACCUAAUCAUUUUUUAUACAGAGUUUGGGAACAAUCAGAGUGUUAUUUUUGAUGACAGUCACAAAUGGAUGCAUUUCAGCACUGUUACUCGCUUCGUUCUCUCAUGUCACGUAUGAGAGGCCUUCGAUCAAGCAGAAUCACCUUCCAGCCUUUUUUUUCAACUCCAGGCCCGCCCGCACGUCAGCUCCAAAGAACGGAAACACGGACGGCGCCUUGAAAGAUGGGACAGGCUGCGAUGACGUCAUUCCCACGCAUUCAGGGAUGCAGCAGUCUGCUGCUCCUUUCAUCUUUCAUCCUGAAAUGUCUUCUGAAAUUGCUCUCGGGUGUUGGCUUCUAGACAGCAAGGUCGGUGGUGCUGACUGGGCUGCCCCCAUGAGCCAAACUGGCUUCUUGGCCUGCGUCCCGUUGCCCAGUGUCCCCGCUGGCAAAAAGGCUGUCAAGCUGGCUACCUGCGGUCUUGUGCGUUUUGGGAGAUAGCGUGGCGAGGAACAAAAAGCAUGGCUCACCCUCAAUCCGAGGCUGUCGACACAAUGGGCCGGUUUUGGCUGGUUUUAUGUCGCAUUGUGCCAGCUGCAGUGGCUGACAAAAUAACUGGCAGCAUUUUUAGUAUGUGUUAACACUUCCUGGGUGCCCUCUAGGGGGCGCUUGGGUCAGUCUUUCCCUGAUGUUCACAUCUUUCACAUCUGAAAUGUCAUUGUCUCCUGGGGAAUCCUUAAGUGGAACUGGGGUCCAGCUGUUCAGUAACAUCUAAGCUCCCUGCUCGCUAGAAAACAUUUUACCCAGCAUGCUCUGCUGUCCUCACUGGAGUUUAUAGUCAGUUUAAGGUAUCAGUAAGGUAUAAAUAUAAAUGUGCAGCAAGGCUGAGGGACAUGAGAGAGCAGAAGAAAGGAGUGGUUUUGGGGGAGAUUUUGGUGUGUUUCCCUGGGGGAAGACUGGUGACCGUGGCUGUGUUCUCCAGUGCAGGGACUCUGCUCCCACAAUGCUUUGCGGUCAGAGAUCAGCACAGUGGCUCUUGCUGUGACUUUUUCCAUGCAGGUGACUGAUCUGGGAAGAGCAAGGUGCUGUGCCAGCGUGUCAGAAAGCUCAUCGUCGUAGUGGAACCUGCAGCGUCUGCCCGUCUGGUUGGGGCCUUACAGGCUGGGUAGCCGAUACAGAGAUUUAAUAUAUGGCUGAAUGAAACACGGCACUUUCAUGGGAGCUCCUGAAUUAUUCAUACUGCUAUGGAAGGCCGAUUAACCUCUGGACAAAGGAUCCGAAUGAAAAAGAUGAGUAGAGACAAGUCUUAUAGAAGUAAUAUCUUUUAAGAUAUGAAAGUGUUGUGCGGCCAUAUAGGUAGGGACGAAAUGCAAAAGAUUACAUAUUAAAAGAGAAAAUGCUGAUGCUACCCAAUGAAAGCAAUGUAUUGUGAAUUAAAAUGUACUCACGACAUUAAAGUGUAUAACAGUAUUUUGCAUUUUCAUAUAUGCAAUAUUGUGCCUGUAUUAUACAUUGAAUUUUUCAAUAUAUGAUACAAGCAUGCCAUUUUUUAACAAAAAAUAUUUUUGAGAGUAUUUCUUAUACUUUAUAUGUUUAGUGCAGUGUUUUUAACAUAUAGAAAUAUUUCUUAUGUGUUGGAUCUUUUAUUUUAAUGUAGAUAUAUUGUUUUUUAAGAAUUAACGGUUGUUAAUCCUUAACUAGUUAUGCUGGCUGAAUGUGGGAGAAUCCAGCCAUCUCAGAACUGUUCCUCCCCAGCUCACGUGUAAAACGUGACAUAGGACAUCCGUGUCAGUAGAUGGCACUGUUGCAAGGACUGGUGAGGCUAGUGAGAUGAACGAUUGCCACCACCUGCAUCACACUUGGGAAAAAUGAACAGUAGGAUUUCACAUUCUUGUGAGAGCAAGAAUGACAUCUCUGGUUGUGGUGGCAAUCCAUCAUGCGGCGUGGGGAAUUGGCCCAGAGACAGAGGUUUACUGGGGAUGCAGCUGCAGUGGGGCCAACAGGUUUGGAGUCAAGCAGGAAAUGGAAAGUAGGUGUGUAGAGUCAUGGGUGAAACCAACACAUGAAUACAGUUUGUGGAGAAGGGGAUAGGAAUCCAAUCAAUACAAAUGCAUCUGGUCACAUGACCAUCUGGCCAUCUGAAGAGGCCACACCCCCUCCUUUCUCUCACCGGUAUCUUGUGCUCAUUCACUGUUUUCCCUCCAUGCCUGGAUGCAGUAGGUCAAGAUGGCGAACAUGCAGAACAAAAGGAGGGAAUGACGUGCUAUGUGAGUAUGGCGCUCAGCUCCCGCGGAGAUCUGCUUAUCAUUCGAAUCAGCGCUCCUUCAUGUUUCGGUUACAGGGGCCUGCGGCUAAUUUUGAGCGACUUUUCAGUUUCGCUUUGCUCCAUCUGUUUGAUAUGCGGGCGCACAGGUUGCCGCAGGUGGGCGGUCCUCGCACGGCUUCCGCACGUAAUUGGCACGUUCGCUCAGUGUGGGCCGCUCAAUAACAGCAUCCUCAAUGUGAGACAGGUAGCGUGAGUCAUGGAAAUGGCCCCUUGCCCGUUAAGUGUUUAAAUGUCUCUGAUUGGACCGUGCCUCUCUGCCAGAUAAAACAACAGUGCCUCCUCUGGUCACCCCAGGGAAUGCCAAUUAGCAUAAGUGUAAUGGUGUGCAGAUGGCCUCCUGUCUAUCAGAGAACAGCCCAAGCCUUCUGAGGUGAAACUUUCACUCAUUCUGGACCUCCUCAGCCUCCAUCUGCCUGCUGUAAUUGAAGUGUGCGUUUGUGUUGGAGAUGGACAGUAUCUGGGGACUACAAAGCUUAAAACUAAAAUAAGAAGAACUAUAAAACUUCUGACUUUAGCCAGGCACUGUCGUCCAGUAACCUUUUUAAAUCACAAACUUUUCCUUUUCUGAUUAGCGAUGGCCGCUGGUGUUUUCCUGCAGAGGUCCGCUGAUUAGCAAGCGGCCCGCUGUUCACGUUGCUAUGAGACCUCGGAGCAUGAAACGAAGGGCUCCCGGCAGCUAGAGUGAAACUUGAAGAGAUCAUUUCUGUCUCCUGGAUAAGCCUGUGUGCCACAGUGCUGUCUUCUAAGUGAGACUGAAACAGGUAUUACUGCUCUGCCAUCUUACCCUCCACUGCGACCAUGACCUCUGUCCUGCUUAGAUCCUCAUUAUUGAAAGGCCAGGUGUCUCAAAAGGGCCAGAGCUCAUUGGUCAGCUGCCAGGUGUUUGGACGGCUAGGCCAAUCCGUGGCCUCUGUUUGGAUCUCAGCAACGAAUCACCCUUAUGUAUCCUGUGUGGGCGUUUCUGCCCUUAAAAUGGGCCCAGGGUUUGCUGUCAAUUCCCUGAUUCUAAUUGCAAUGUUCAUGUCAUGUUGAUAAUAUGUUUUUAUUGUGUGUUACUUGGGGGGGAUGGUCAUAUAUUUUUGUGUCUUUUUUUGUCAGUAUAAACAAGGUUUUAUGGGGGGCUGGCGGGGGGUUGGAGCUGGUCAGUCGUUCCUCUCUAAAGGAUCCAUUUUUAAUGGCGAUUUGUUGCACAGAAUCCUUUUAAAACACCCACUACACUGUGUAAGUGUGAACAUGGGUGAGUAAUAUGGACUUUUAUCAUUGUAAUAUGGUUUUAAAUCCUGAUUUGUAAAUAUGUUUUCAUACGACGGAAUUUUUGAUAAGGUUUUAAAUGUUUCUGUAAAGGCAAAUGUGUAUAUAAGAUUCUAGACAGAAGUGUAGACCAUACAUACAUGAACUUACCCGGCCAUUAGGAUUUCUUUACUGCUUCACUGUAACACGAAAUGACUUUGCCAAAGUAUUUGUUUUUUUUUCUUUUACUUUGGUUGUUAUCCUUUAAAGCUUAACUAAGUGUGUGGAUAUUGCUUUACUCCAUUUGACACAGUAGAUUCAUGUGUAUGCAGAGGUGUUAUUUAAUUUAUUGGUGCCUUGUUUACAUUUUUAAAUGUGUGUGGGGGGGGGUUAUGUCCUGGCCUCUGUAUCUACAUGAAAUGUCUGAUGUGUAUGCCAAAACUGUCUCACUCAUGUCUCAAUGAAUACAAUCUGUUGACAAAUAUCUAUAUUGAUAUAUAAAAUCAUAGAAAAGUUA